GACACUUCGGAUUUUCUCUAAAAAGAAAAACAAAAAAGACAAGUGGAUCUUUUAUUCAUAUCUGAGCGAGAGGGGAAACAAAAGGACAAGUGGAGCACGAGAGGCAAGGAACGAGGCUGAGCACAACCCAGCAUCCUCUUUGGCUUCUUCCCUGCAAACAGCCAGCGUGCAGCAGUCAGCCGCUCUGCACGCUUCUCCGGCCACCGGGCUCCAGGCUCGAGCGUCAGCCCUGCAACAGCUCCAGAAGCGGCAGAAGAGAAUGGCUGCAGCUAAGACCGAGAUGCUCCUCCCAGCCCUGCAGAUCUCGGAGCCUCUGAACUUCCCUCACUCCCCCAUGGAUAACUACCCCAAGCUGGAGGAGGUGAUGAUGCUCAGCUCUGCGGGGACACCCUUCCUCACAGCUUCCGCACCCGAAGGUGCCGGCUUUGGCUCCGGGGAGCCAGGCGAGCAUUACGACCACCUUGCUGGGGAUACACUCCCAGACAUCCCCUUCAACUGUGAGAAGACAGUUGGGGAGCAGACGUACUCCACCCCAAGGCUUCCCCCCAUCUCCUACACGGGUCGCUUCACUCUCGAACCUGCCACCACCUGCAGCAACAGCCUCUGGGCGGAGCCUAUUUUGGGCUUGUUCACCGGUUUGAUGGGCAACAUUCCUGUGAGUUCCAACUCUUCGUCUGCCAACUCACAGAACUUAUCCUCCUCAACUUCAUCCGCCACAACGUCCUCCUCUUCCCCCUCAUCUACCUCCUCCUCGUCGCAGAGCUCCAGCCUCGCGUCCUCCAUUCACCACAACGAGCCUAACCCCAUCUACUCGGCUGCCCCAACCUACUCCAACCCCAACUCAGACCUCUUUCCAGACCAGGGCCAAGCCUUCCCCAGUUCCAAUGGCGCACAGUACCCUCCCCCUGCCUACCCUAACAGUAAAACGUGCAGCACUAGCUUUCCCGUGCCCAUGAUUCCUGACUACCUGUUCCCGCAGCAGCAGGGAGAGAUCAGCCUGGUGCCCUCUGACCAAAAGCCAUUCCAGAGUCAGUCAAGCCAGCCCUCUCUCACCCCCCUGUCUACCAUCAAGGCCUUCGCCACCCAGACGGGCUCUCAAGACCUAAAGAGUGUCUAUCAGUCUCAGCUGAUCAAGCCCAGCCGCAUGCGCAAGUACCCUACCCGACCGAGCAAGACCCCCCCACACGAGAGGCCCUACGCCUGCCCGGUGGAGACGUGCGACCGCCGCUUCUCGCGCUCCGAUGAGCUGACGCGCCACAUUCGCAUCCACACGGGCCAGAAGCCCUUCCAGUGCCGCAUUUGCAUGCGAAACUUCAGCCGCAGCGACCACCUAACAACGCACAUCCGCACGCACACAGGCGAGAAGCCCUUUGCCUGCGAUAUCUGCGGACGCAAGUUUGCUCGCAGUGACGAGAGAAAGAGGCACACAAAGAUCCACCUGCGGCAGAAGGACAAGAAGGCGGAGAAAGCGGGGACCGGGGCGCUGCGAGUGUCAGCCCCCGUGUCGGCCGCCUCGCCUGCCUCGAGCUACCCCUCGCCCAUCACUUCAUACCCGUCCCCGGUGUCUUCUUACCCGUCACCUGUCACCUCCUGCUACUCCUCUCCAGCGCAUACUUCCUAUCCAUCUCCCUCUAUUGCCACCACCUACCCUUCAGUGUCCAUGUCAAGCACCUUCCAGUCCCAAGUCGCCUCUCCCUUCCCUUCGUCAGUCGCCUCCAACCUCUACAGCUCCCCUGUGCCCACCCCACUAUCAGACCUGCAGACCACCCUCUCCCCAAGGACAAUCGAGAUCUGCUAAGAUUGCUUCGAAAAGGUCACUUGAAGGGAUGUGCGGCAGCAACUAAAGACUCCAGAGACUGUUGUUCCCCCCCCCCCCCCCCACAAAUAAAAAAAAAAGCACUUUUGUGACUUCUCUCUGUGCGGUGUUGAGUCAAUCCUGAGCAAGGUUUUUCCUUCCUCUCUGCCACAGCUCUGACAAACAAAUGCAGCACUUCAAAUGCAUAAAGGACUGAAAAGAGAGAGUCGGAUCCAGCACUGUUGGCUCUUUACUAUCAGGUACACACAAAAUGAAAAAGUGAAGAUCGCCAGCAGCUGUAGUGCUAAAACACGUCCGCCCCUUGUAGGCAUGCAUACAGUACAAGAGACAAUGACUGAUAUACAUAAGCUACCAUAUAUGUAUAUUGUUCAUGUGCCAUGUUUAGUUUUUAUCAUUCUUUGAUAUCAUUGAUGUGAACAAUGAUUUGCAUAUCUGCAUUGUAUUAUUUGAAGUGAGCAGGGCCACAUUUUCUACAUUGUCUAUUAAGUAGUGAUGCUGCUGUGAUACGUUUUAUUUGGAAAAAGACAAAAAAAACCACACGUAUUCAAGCAUGAAUAGGAGUAAUGUUAGUUUCUGUUUGUAAAUAGCAUCCACUGGUACUCUUUUUCUCUCUUUCUCACAUGUGACAUAUCGUUGAGUCGAGGAAAGAAAAAGAAAAGAGCAUUUCCUGCCUGCCCCCCCAAAAACUAACAAAAAAUGACAAACGCUCCCGUUAUUUGGUGCCUUUUGUGAAGCCUUGCUGAUGUCGCGAAUUGGCUGCGUGCGCGAGAGAGGAUGCGCUGCAUCUCGCCUUAUGGACUGAGGGAAUAUUUUUGUUACAGAAUGUCACACUCGAAUUGAAAAGGGAUGAGGGCACUGCUUCAUUUAAUUCGAAUGUAAGCUAAAAAAAAACAAAAACAGAGAGAACAUUUUAAAUUAUAUUUUUAUAAGUGUAAAUAUCCAUAUCUUCAAGAGCCGGAAUGUUGACAUUACCUACUGAGUAGGCAUGGGAUUCUUUUGUAUGUUCAAAACAUGCAGUUCAUUAUUUUGUGGUUUUUCUUUAUUUUGUAUUUGUGUUUGUUGAAACAAGUGACUGUUCCUGGCUUCUGAACACAAUGAAUGCGCUUAACUGCCAAUGGGAUAUUUGGUGUAAAAGAUAUCCUCCCAGAAAUUAAAUAUAAAUAAAAAU